AUGCCUCAGAAAGAAGUGGACCAGUUCAACGCAGAGCAUCUCGGGGAGGCAAUGAUCUUCAAGAGCGAGACAUCCUCGCACUUCAUGUGCGGGGAGACCUUCCUCGUAAUGCUUCAUGGCUUGGUCAGUCCAGCAUUGAUGAAACAGCGACAGAAGUUGGGCGUUCCGCGAGACACAAAAGCUCUACUACUAGUCGAUGCAUGGACCGGAUUCCAUUCCUCGAAAACCGGACUAGAUGCAGCGCGCGAAGCGUGGAGCCAACAAGCAUGCUGCUUGCUCCCAGCCGUGCAGGCUGGGGGAUUCUCGGCCAAUGGCCAACCAGUGGAUCAGCUCCAUCAUCUUCUGCGGGCAAGAUUGGAGCUAGUCGAUGCAGACGAUGAUGGAGCAGGUUUGACUCCUGAGGAAGCUUCCAAAGUCUUAGAUGCAACCGGUAUGCUGAGGGCAAUGGGUGUGGCUGAUGACAUGGCUGGAGAGCCACCAAAGCCAAACAGGUGGUAUUGGUCCCUCGAGAUGCCAGAUGGAAACAUGGCGACUUUGCCAACGGCCAUCGCGCAUGGCGCUGAGCGGGCCAUUUGUGCCCACAGACGGGAGCGCAAAGUGAUGGUAGCAAAGAAACCACAUGGGUGGGAAAGCAAAAUGAAGAUUCUCAACGGCAAGAUCUUUAGCUUGGUGUACAACACCAGACACGGCUGCAUGGCCACUUCAUCCUUCCUCAAGAAGCGCACAGCCAGGAUCAAUGGCAAAACAGAAUUUGUGGGGAAGGGCACUGGCCACAUAAUAUUGAGAAUCCACCUGGAGCUUGACGAUGAGAACAACAUUGCCGGCCCGGGGUCAUACUUUCUUUCAAGCCAGAACUUCCCGAAGAAAAAGAUCGUUUGCAUCGCCACCAGUGCUCCAAUGAAUGGUUUUGACUUGCUCCGUGAGAAUUACGGAGGACCUGUGCCUGUGUGUGCCCCUUGUAAUCACAGGGGUCAUUCAGUUCCGUAG